AUGUGGGGAAUAAGUGAUACCUGUAAUACCAGACAAGGACAUUUUCAUUUAAUAAGCAAUUUUUCCAAUGGCACGACAAUAAUCUGUCUUGCUGGUUGCGCUGGUGAUUGGACAAACACAGCUCUACCAAGUGGUAGUUUCAGUGGGCCAACAGCUUUUGGUCUUUGGGAUGAUCUGUAUAUAUAUUCAGGCACAUCUGAAAGUGUCUAUUAUGGUGCAACAGGCACAUAUCCUAAUCGAAACAUGGUCUUUGAAUUUUACAUGGCGCAUUACAGCUCGUCAACACGAUAUUUUCACUUCCAAAUUGUAUUCAAUGAGGCUUCGCCCAAUAUCGUUACAUAUAAGUAUUAUCAAGUGGCAGAUGGAGGUGCUUCGGCCACAGUUGGUGUUCAGAGUUCGGGAAGCGGCUCCAGUAUAACAUAUUCUGUUGAUUCAGUAACUAUACCAUACGGUUCAUCGACGACAAACACUCCGACAUUAACACUGACAUUCAAUACAAAUACAGGAACUUAUUCAAGUUCCGGAUAA